AUGGUGGUGCAUGACUGCUUACCUGUCAUUCAGCUGUGGGAGAAGCAUGAUGGCCACAUGCAGUGGUGUGUACCCACCGUCCCUGGUGAUGCAGGUAAAGAUAAAACUGAAGACUUCAUUUGGAAACCAAUAAUGAAUAAACCUUUCUAUGCUCCUUCUUAGGGUCAUUGUUUUUAUAAAGGACAUGUUGCAGAGAUUCCAAGAUCGGUCGUGACACUAAGCACAUGCUCAGGACUCAGGGGAUUACUGCAAUUAGAGAACGUCAGCUAUGGGAUCGAGCCAUUGGAACAAUCAGCUACAUAUGAACAUAUGCUUUAUGAACUAAAGGAUAAUAAAAUUGAUUAUUUCCCUUUAAAAGAAAAUUAUUCUAAGCUCCAACAUGUAGAUCAGCCCUACCGGGUUCUUGUGAAGCCAGAAAAAAAUUUAGAUGUUAUACUAUUGAAGAGAACACUGAAAAUAAAAGUCAUCAUGGGCCAAGCAUUGUAUGAUUAUAUGGGCUCUGAGAUGGGAAUCACAAUCCAGAAGGUUGUCUAUGUCUUUGCUCUCAUUAACACUAUGUACUCUCAGGUGAAUGUGACUGUCCUGCUAUCAACUUUGGAGGUCUGGACAGAUCAGAAUAUGAUUUCAACAGAUGGGGAUGCCAAUGAAAUACUCCAAAGGUUUCUGUUAUGGCAACAAAGCAUGCCAUUCCAGAGGUUUGAUGAUGUGACAUUCUUACUACUUUUUAAGGACUCCUCUGACUAUGUGGGAGCAGCUUAUCAUGGACUGGUCUGCAACCCAAAGUUUGCAGCAGGAAUUGCUCUGCACCCGAAGAUGAUAAGCUUGGAGGCAUUUUCAGUUGUUCUAGCACAGCUGCUUGGAAUUAAUCUGGGAAUGACAUAUGAUGAUACCUACGAUUGUUACUGUCCAGAACAAAUAUGCAUAAUGAAUACCAAAGCAAUACAUUCCCGUGGUAUAAAGCGUUUUAGCAGUUGCAGCGUGGACGAACUUAAGCAUAUAGUUUCAAGGCCUGAAUUUGAAUGUCUUCAAAAUCAGAAACUUUCAGAAUUGAUUUACCAACCCAUAAAUGGCACUUGUGGCAAUGGAAUUUUGGAAGCAUCAGAACAAUGUGAUUGUGGGAAGCCAGAGGCAUGUGCUUUUAGGAAGUGCUGCAAUCCUACAGCCUGUACUCUGAUUGGACUUGCCCAGUGUGGCACCGGGCCAUGUUGUAAUAAAAAAACUUGUCAGGUAUCUGGCAGAGGAAAAUUGUGUCGGAAAAGUAGAGAUCUGUGUGAUUUUCCAGAAUAUUGCGAUGGAUCAUCUGAGUUUUGUGUACCUGAUGUGAUAACUACUGAUUUAGGACCAUGCAAUAAUAAGAGUGCCUAUUGUUUUCAUGGAAUUUGCCGAGACCCAGAUAGACAGUGUAUAGAGUUAUUUGGAAAAUAUGCUAGCGAGUCUUCUUAUUUGUGUUCAGAAGAAGUGAAUUUUCAAAAUGGAAAAUUUGGAGACUGUCUCGAAAGAUGUAAUUUUAAUUUUAUUCUCUGUGGGAAGAUUGUUUGUCAGUGGACAAGUUCAGAAGUCCUUUCAAUUUCAGAUUAUGAUAUGCCAUACUUAGCAGGUCACGUGUGUUUAGCUGCACAGUUACGACCUUCUGGAAAACAAGAUAAUACCUAUGUAUAUGAUGGUGCCAUUUGUGGUCCAAAUAAGGUUUGUCUUGGAGGACAGUGCAAGCUUUUGAAUUUUUCAAGUGAACCAAAUUUUAACUCAAAGAAAAAAUGUCAAGGAACUGAGGUUUGCAAUAAUCAACUUAAUUGUCAUUGUGAUACUGAAUAUUCCCCUCCAAGCUGCAAAGAAACAUCAUCACCAGGUGGCGGCUUCAAUGAUGAGUUACUGUCCAAUGGUUACCGUCCGAAGACAACAGUGAGGAAACUAUCCAGUCACAAAGUUAAAGGUGACUGA